AUGGGGGGCAGCGGGUCGGCCCUGAGGGUCUGCGCCGACCACCGCGGGGGCAUCAACUGGCUGAGCCUGAGCCCCGACGGGCAGCGCCUGCUGACGGGCAGCGAGGACGGCACGGCCCGGCUCUGGAGCACCGCGGACGGCCAGUGCUGCGCGCUCCUGCAAGGACAUGAGAGCUACGUGACCUUCUGCCAGCUGGAGGAGGAAGCCGCCUUCACGUGCAGCGCCGACUGUACCAUCAGGAGGUGGGAUGUGCUGACUGGGCAGUGUCUGCAGGUGUACCGGGGACACACGUCCAUUGUGAACAGGAUCCUGGUUGCUAAUAACCAGCUCUUCAGCAGCUCCUACGACCGGACAGCACGCGUCUGGGCUGUGGACAAGGGGCAGGUGUCCCGGGAGUUUCGUGGCCACCACAACUGCGUGCUGACCCUGGCCUAUUCCGCCCCUGAGGACCUCUCUGGUGCUCCCUGCCUGGAGGCUGCUAGCACAGGGGGGCUCCUAGUGACCGGCAGCACAGAUGGAACGGCCAAGGUGUGGCAGGUGGCCAGUGGCUGCUGUCACCAGACAUUGCGGGGCCACACAGGAGCAGUGCUGUGCCUGGUGCUGGACGUGCCCGGCCACACAGCCUUCACAGGCAGCACAGAUGCCACCAUCCGUGCCUGGGACAUCCUGAGUGGGGAGCAGCUGCGGGUUUUCCGGGAGCACCAGGGUUCCGUCAUCUGUCUGGAGCUCGUGGACCGGCUCCUAUACUCGGGCAGUGCCGACAGGACUGUCAAGUGCUGGCUGACCGACACUGGGGACUGUGUGCGCACAUUCCCAGCCCACAGGCACAGCGUGAGCACCCUCAAGUACCACGCAGGCACCCUGUUCACAGGCAGUGGGGACGCCUGUGCCCGGGCCUUCGACGCCCAGUCGGGAGUGCUGCAGAGGGUGUUCCGGGGCCAUGCCUUUGUCAUCAACUGCCUCCAGGUGCACGGCCAGGUACUCUACACAGCAUCGCAUGACGGUGUCCUGCGCCUCUGGGAUGUCCGGGGACUGCCACCCCCGCCCCGAAGACUGACAGCCAAGCGCAGCCUGUCGCGCCUCUUCAGCAACAAGGUGGCCUGUGCGGCCCCUGUGCCUCUGCAGCCUGCCUGAGUGGCUGGGGAUGAGUGGAGAGGGAGAGGCAUGCAACUGGGACAGCGUGGCAGGCCUUUCCACCUUCUCUGCUGCUGGGCUGCAUAGUGGGGGCUGUGCCUGUCCUUAGAGACCUGGGGACCCUUCCCAAAGGGAGGACAAAGCCUUGCCACUUGGCGUGCUUGGGACCCUCCCAGCUCUCAGGGGCU